UUGUGGAGAAUGGAAGAUGGCGGUGUUCUGGGAGAUAAUGUAGUGACUGCUUAGUUUUAGCCGAGGGGACCCAGGUUUGACAUGGCGUUCUCUUAUAAUGUGGUGCUGUUGGUGGAUACAGCGGAUCAGGUUCUCAAGGAUAGGAUCAGGCUAGUGUCCCUAAGAUUACUCAACUUUCUGGCCUGUCGUGUUGGUCUCGGGCAAGUACGCUGGAGUUAUCGCUUCCUAAACUCUAUGGGUGGCCGAUGUAGGCCUCCUCGUCGUUCCGACUUGAGGGAGCUAGGUCCUAGAAGCUGGAAUGAGUUCGAGGACGAGCUGGAGGCCUGCUUGGAGCGGGCUCGAAGUAGUCGCUCUUGUGGGACACACGGCUCAAGGGCCGUUCUCACCCAUACUGCUCUCAUGGAUACUUUGUCAGAUUUCCAGUGGGACCGACCAGACAUCACAUCUCCUGCCAAACCUGCCUUCCUAAAAAGCCGUAGAGGGGGCCGCAUUAUACCGGUAGAUGAACCUCUGAAAUCUGAUUCCCCCUCCGAGAAAAAUGCAGUGUUCCUGUUGUCCCCUUGUCCACACUCACAGUCGCAACUUGCCCAGUUUGCAUCUGGCACGCAACAAGACAUCGAGCUACAACAAGUUAUAGAUAAGCUACUCUCCAGGGCCCUGCAAAGCAUCAUCAUGAAAAAGAAGGUUACCUUAUAUUGGCUGGAUACAACAGACUGGACCGAGGUUUGGAGUUGCGCUGAUCAUUCUGGAUACUGGACAAUGUUGGAGAUAAUGCAGCAUGUUGGUGGAAGAUUGUUGCCAUCUGAAUCUUUACUCAGAUCUUCAGGACCAAAAUCGGCAAACCAUUUUCUUCUACCAAAGAUUCCUUUUGAUUCAGUUUUAAAUUUCUUGACCUGCAAUGAACAGGACUAUAGAGUGUGGUUUCCUAAGCUCGCUGGUGUUGUGUUCUUCCUCGCACAUGGCACAGAAAAUAAGUGGGAGUGUGCAGUUACUUUAGAGCCAGUUUCAUUAAAACAGCAUUAUGUAAGGAGUAUGACUAUAACAUUAAAAGGAACUGUGGAAAAUUGGAGCCACAGUCGGACUGCUUCUCUGUCAUUGGACACAUGGGUACUUCAGAAUUCCACUGCUGGUUGCCACAUAUCAGAUGCGCGCUUUCAGGAUCUCUUGAAAACACUUGUGUCAAGAGGACUACACAUGGUUGCUGAUGUCUCUACAGAGGAAGACUUGACACCAAGAACAGGCAUCCUUUCCCCAUUUUCAGAGAGUGCUGCUCUUCUCAAUGUUAUCAACAAUGAAAAGGCUAUUGGGCUGGAUAACAUAUUUUUACCAUGCUCCAUUAAUGACAACCAUGACGACUUAUGUGAACUGCCUGAUAUUGUAACCAGUGUCAUAAACCAUGUUUAUAGCACGGAGGAAAAAGCUCCAGAUAUUGAUCCUCCAGUACCAGAUUGGGUUAAGCAAGAAUUAACACAAAGCAGUCCGUGGACUUCCUCAUUUGUUGAGAAAUGGUAUCCCUUUUCUGGAACUUCAGGGGCUAGCAGUAACCUUAUGGAAUCCUUUCGAUUGAUAAAUGCUGCUUCUUUUGAUCAAGAUGAACAUUCAAAGUCUGAUCAGGAGUUAACAAAUUAUUUGUCUGAAUUAUAUCAGAAAAAAAACAAUGAAGAGUUUGGAAUAGCACAAGGAGAAAACCAAAAGAAACGUGGUCUCCACUGUACUCCAGUGAGACGAAAGAUGAAAACAAUGUCUCGUUCUCUGCAAAUGUUGAAUGCUGCAAGGCUGAAUGUAAAGGCUCAGAAAAUACAACCAGACAAUGUCCAACAAGCACUUAAUGAGAAGAAUGUGCAGAUGAAGAGAAGGUCGUCUGAGAGACCAGAGGAGAAGGGAAAAGCACUGAAAGCUUCUGGUUUUAAAACUGAAGAAGAGUUGGUUUCCUUUUUAAAUACCGAUUAUGAAAAGACUGUAUCACUAGAGGAUAAUGUAUUGCUUUCAUACAUUAGAAAUGCUGUAGCCAUCAUUAAACAAUACUUCAAAUCAAAUGGCAGCAAGCAAAUUGAGGUUGACGCUGCAGAAAAAAUGAAAGUACUUUUGAAGACCAGCAAGUCUCUAAGACAACAGUAUGGAAAUCAUGAUAAAGAAUUGAAAAUCAGGGAGUGUCAAAUGCAAGUGCUUCUAAGGCUGGAGAUGUGUGUGCAGUGUCAGUCUAUACAGGCAAACGCUGAUGAACUGGAACAAACAGUGGAAGAGAUCACAGAUAUGCUACGUAUUAUCUCUCUAACAGAGGAUCCAUCAUUCCUAGCAAAAUUCUUGAAAACUGUUCUUGUUGAGUAUAUUCCAACUAUACCCCAAAUCCUGGCGGACAUAUACUUUAGCCUUGGGACACAGAUACCAGAGGAUCUGGCUGCUGCUCUGCCUGCCGAUGAUGAUUCUAUCAUACUGGAAGGGAGAACGCCAACGUAUUCUCAGAAUUCAAUCUAUGGUGUUCCAAGUUUAGCUCCUAUAAACUCUGUAUCAGAUCAGCUUGAAGAGCUCCGUACUAGAUCGGCAAAAAAAGAAGGUCAAGUACGUUUAGCCAGGCACAGAAGUGUAGCAGAAUCAUCACAAACGAUGAGGCAAAUUGAAAUGCCCAAACGACAGCUGAAUAAAGAGAACUCUCAUUCUAAUCUUGUUGUAAUGGUGAAAAAUUAAAGUUACCUCAAAAAAGAAGCUGAAGCAACAAAAGUAAGAAGAAACUUAUUUGUUCAGAGGAAUGCCUCCCCUUCAAAAAGGGCUAGUAAGAUGCCAAGAAGUCAGUCGGUAUCUGCAGUGGAGGGUCUAAAGCAUAAGCGUAGCAAGUCACAUGAUGGCGGUAAGGACCAUUAUAAACUGUUGACAAAGAAAGUAACUGAAACCCCUGUGCAAAACAAAUAACAAAACAGACUUCUACAUAAGCAGAUUAAAGGCAGGCAUUCUGUAUCUACAACUAACAUUUCCAUUGUUGAGGAAUCUCCAGAAAAGGAUAUAAGAGAAAUUGAUUUGCGAAGAAGUCCUCGAAUUAAGCAGUUGUCUUUAACCAGGAGGAAUUCCUCAUCUUUUUAUUCUUCUCAGUCAAGGUCACGUAAUCUGGAAAGAGUACAUUCUGCCACAAUGCAUCAACAAAGUGUUGAAAGAACAGGCAGCAAAUUACUUUUGGAAGUGAAAACCCCUAAACGUCUUCUUUUUGGAGAAGUUCUGCAAAUGAAUAGGUCUCCUACAACAAGAAGUGCAAAAAGAAAUCUGUCUGAAGUCAUUGACCCUGUUUUUUGUCAAGCUUUAGGAAAAAUUCAGUGCAAAACGCCACAGAAAGGCCUUUCCACUUCUGAAGACCCAUCAGAAAAAGGCAAAGUGCUCCAUAAAUCUCCUUGUACUCCUCACACCCCUGCAAGGACACCCAAAGGAAUUAAAACUCCUUGCAAAAGUUCAUCAGAGAGAAAAAGUGCUGCAAAAAAUUUAGGGAAACUUUUCUCACCCUCUAAAUUUGAGACCCAUUCACCUCUUAGAAAAAGUGAGCGACUAUUACAAAUGACACCUGGUAAAGAAACAUUGCCUAAUAAAUGUUUUUGGUCUCCAUUAAAGAAUACAAAGGGUUUAACCACACCUCACAAAGAGGGGGAAAGUAAUUUUUUGGAUCCAGUUUUCAAAAGCCCUUUAAAGACACCCAAAGGACGUUUAACUAUAACUACACCAUCAAAGCAGAGCCCACAAACUGCCAGAACACCAGGAAAGUCACCUCACAAAUUAAGUGAAUCAGUAGCAGAAACUCAUUCCAAUAUCCAUACUCCUCAGAAACCCAUUUUUGUUUCUGUCUCUCAUACGCCUACACCUAAAAAGAGUGUAGAGAAGGAACUUUUUGUUGUGUUAUCACGAGUAAAAGAAUGUACUCCAGGAAGAGUGCACGUCACUCCUAAAAAACAUAUAUCUAUGAAAAAAUGUUCCUUGUCACCGUCUGAAGUGCUGAAUGGUACGUUUCCCAUCUCUCCUUCCAUUAGGAUUAGUGGCUCAUCAGAAAAUGUAAUUUCGCAUUUGUCAUUAACACCUGGAAGACCGAGGAGAACACCAUUGAAAAAUGUAAACCCGGUCUGUUCUAAGAGACUCACUGAUACAGUUGGAUCCCCUAACAAAACACCAGAAGAAAUGGAAGAAGGAAACCACAAUGCCACUUUUAACCUUUCACCAAAAACAAAAGUUUUAACCCCAACUAAAGAUGUAAAUAAUAAGAGUACUCCCCUUUUUCAGAUAUCGGAUCCAUUGGCAAUCAUGGGUCAUACAGAUAAUCUUUUGUUACCAAAUGUUACUUCUACUGAUGUUGAACCAGUAAGUAAACAUGAUACUGUAAUAAGUGAACAAGUUGAUUCAUCUUUCUUAGGAAGUUCUCAAAUUUCAGAAUCUUUUGUCAACAGCUCCCAAACAACAGAGGAAAGUAUUGAUAUAUCUGAGGCCAGAGUUGUACCAGGAGAGGCUUCUGGGUUAAAAAUGAAAGUUUUGAUUACAAGAAAACCUUCCUUGGAUAUAUUGCCCUUUACUCCAAAAUCUUACAGUCUUAGGUGUACUCCUGACAGGAGGCAGAGAGAAGCUGAAGCACGCCUUGGAACACCAGAGUUUGUGGCAAAGUUUUCUACUCCAAAAAGUCAUCGUAAAAUUGUACCUCCUGUUACUCCAACCUAUGAGGUUGAACUUCAGAUGCAAGCCUCAGGCUUACCUAAACUGCGAUUUAAGAGGACAGAUUCUGGUUCUGUAGUAGAUAAUGAAGCUGUAAAUAAAGCAGAAUCUCCCGUUGUGUCUAGGAAAUGGAAAGGUAAUGAAAGCCCAUUUAGUGAAAAGUGGUGCAACAAGCAUGGUUUAAAGGUAGACUCUUCAAGUGCUUCUCCCUGCAUACGGUCAUCAUACAAUACCCCUGGAAAAAAUGGCCUUCAAACAUUUAUCUGUCAGUCUUACACCCCAAAUAGGUGUUCUUCUAAUUCUGCUUCUCCAUCUAACCCAGAUUUUGGACAUCAUUGUUCCCCCUCCCCAAAACAUAAAGAUAAAGUGAUUACAGAUGUAAUUAAUAAUUGGCCUAGAAAGAAAAAAGCAUCCAUUCUAAAUAAUUGUCUGUUAAGGGGAGAUAAGAAUCAAGAGUUUACAGACCUUGGACCUACUGCUGAAGAAGAGGUGUAUGUUGGUUCAGAACACGAGAAAGAAAAGGAUUUUCUUUUAGAGGAUUUUGGGCUGGAUGGGGUUUGUAGACUUCAGGAGAACUCUCCGGUUAUUGAGUGGCAAGGCAAAGAUAAUGGUGGAACAUUUGGACUUAAAUCUAGAAAGAGAUGCUUUGACCUUGUAUCUCCUAGUAAAGAAACCAUACAUUGUAAUAAAAGAGCAUGCACAAUAAACAGCAAUAGUGAUGGUCUGGUGAAAAAUGAAGCAGAAAUGAGGUUGUCAUCCAAAAGCUUAUCCUCUAAUCUAAGCUCUUCCCAGCAAAGCGAUGAUGAUGUCUUCAGCUUUCCAGGUUUUACUCCACCAAACAAGAUUUUGAAACAUUCUUUGUCUACUAGCGGUUUACUGGCACUUACUCAGUCACCUAUGCUGUUUCAAGGAAAAACACCAUCGUCCAAAAGAAAAGUAAUGCAAGAUGGUGAUCCUACUCAUACUACACCCAAGGGGAAGAGACAAGAGCUUCACACUGCAGAUUCUGAGGAAUCUCCCUUUAGCAGAACAGUGUCUGGACAUACUUUCAGCAGAACAUAUUCACGUAAAAAGCUCAUCACCUGAUAUGAAAUUCUACCUUCUUCCAUCAGACAUUGGAAGCUGCUUUCUCCACAUGAUUCCAAAGAUGUUGGCUAAAUGGGAUUUGUUACUUAAAAUAGCAAAUCCUGUUAAAUCUGUAGUGUCUCUUGCAUUUAGUGAAAAUUAACAGCUCAGACGCAGGGUAGUCUGUAGAAUUGCCUUGCUGACACUAGAAUGUGCUGCUGGUACCAGAAAGCACUUCAUUACCAUCUUAAAGGCUGCUGAUUUCUGAGUGGUGCUGUUUUUACCAUAGGCCAUAACAUUUAUGCCACAGCUCUGUAUUGCUAAAAUUCAAAGAACAGUCCUGCUCCACAGCAUAUUUUUAAUAGAUGUAGACUGGAAAUACUUUUUGUUACUUUGGGAUUCUUUUUUUCCAUUAGGCAAAAAAUAUUUCUUCAACUAUUGAAUUACCUAUUUUUUAUGUGUGUGUGUGUAUAUACAUUUUUUUUUUUUUAAUCAACAGCGCCUUUUGGUAAUAUGAGUAGUAACGACAAAACUAUUUUUUUGUAUUUUUACUACUUAUACUCAAAAGGAUGUUUUGUGAAUACAUGUAAAUAUUAUAAAUGUAUGUAAUUAUGACAUGUAAAAUUCUAUUUAAUAAUUUGUCUUUUUUAUAAAUGGAUAUUUAAGAUUGCACAUUUCUUUAACCACCAGAUUUGUAUUCAGUGUUUCAAAUUUGGAUGACUGUGAGGAGCAAUGUUAAAAUGUAUAUAUACAGAAGAGAGAAAAGUAUAUUAUGUUAAUUUUGUAUUACAAUAAACUGCAAUUUAAAGAU